AUGGAACGUUUGAGUUUUUUUCCAGUGCAGUACUCGAGAACGUGGUGUGGCGAAUCGAGCUCUGAUGACGCUGAUGCAGAAAUCCCAGGCAGGAAGGCUAAUCGAGCACAGACUAUGAGAGCAGCGUUUGAUGGAGUAUGGCGCUCUCGAGAGGUUUGCGAUGCUGUCAAAGGGUUUUCUCGUGGUUACCCGUGCUUAUUAUUGCCUCCGUGGUGCUGUGGUCGUACUACGCUUACGUAUUUCAACUAUGCCUAUUCACCCUGUCAAACACGUUGGAAAAGGUGGCCUAUUUACUGGUAUUCCAUGUGUGCUUUGGGAUGUUUUCCUGGACCUACUGGAAGUCCAUCUUUACUCCUGCUGCAUCACCAUGCAAGAAGUUUCAGCUGUCAUACUCAGACAAGCAAAGGUACGAGAUGGAGGAGAGGCCAAAUGCACAGAAACAAAUUCUUGUUGAGAUUGCCAAGAAACUGCCCAUACACACUCGUGCUCAGUCUGGAGCUAUCAGGUUCUGCGACCGCUGCCAGGUGCUGAAGCCUGACCGCUGUCACCACUGCUCGGUCUGCGAAACGUGUGUUUUGAAAAUGGACCACCACUGUCCCUGGGUGAACAACUGUGUUGGAUUUUCCAACUACAAAUUUUUCCUGCUUUUCCUGUUCUAUUCAAUGCUGUACUGCAUAUACAUAGCAGCCACAGUCUUUCAGUAUUUUAUUAAAUUCUGGGUGGUAAGUGUCAUCACAAGUUGUAACGAGCAGUACAUUUUACACCACCAUUUAUUCUGCUUUAAUAUGCUUUCCCAGGGGGACUUGCCAAAUGGGCCAGCAAAGUUCCACGUCCUUUUCCUCAUGUUUGUGGCACUCAUGUUUUUUGUUAGUCUCAUGUUCCUCUUCGGUUACCACUGUUGGUUGGUUGUGAAAAACAGAUCAACUUUAGAGGCCUUUUCAGCUCCAUUCUUUGUCAACGGACCAGAUAGACAGGGUUUCAAUAUUGGCAUACGCAAAAAUCUGCAGCAAGUAUUUGGAAAAGACAGGAGACUGUGGUUCAUCCCCGUUUUCACAAGCCAAGGGAAUGGACACUACUUCCCCUUGAAUCGGAGUGAGUGUCAGAACCCCUUACUGGCAAACGAGGAGAUGUGGGAGGAAUCAGAUGAUGCCUCUGAAGAAGGAAGCUGGGUUGAGGAUCAAGACCCUUCUGUUUCUGUAGAGAUGGAGGACUAGACAAUUGAAACUGGUGCAGAGGUUGAAGAGGAGGAGGGAAUAUGCACUGUAAAUGUGGACAUCCUUCAACUACUCUGACAUGGACUAAACAUAUGGAUUGCACCAGCAUUUGGAUAUUAUUUUCUUCCCAAAAGACAUUGUGAAGAAACGGACUGACAUCCGGGUGCGUCCCAUUGUUACACAGCAAUGAACUGCAAUUCCAUGUGAUCAUUUGAACUUGUGUGCUUUAGCAAAAGCAUUGCUCCAGUGUAUCACAAUUUGCACCAUCCAACAUUACCUCAUGUUCACUUAUGCAUCUGGAGGCGGACUGAUUUACCUGGAAGUUCAGUCUUGUAACAUAGGUAGCUUAUCUUAUUUCCACUCACUUAACCUGCGCCUUACACAUACUGUAUUUAUGUUGUACUGUGUUGUGGGAAUCCAUUUUCCUAAUGAAUGUAUCCAGCAGGCUGCUUCUCAAUAGACUAUGGCGUGUAACAUUUUAGGUACAAAUCUCCAUUAUAGUUUUUCCACUCUAUCAUGUGUGUUUGAUAAGGCUGGUAAAUGUAAGAAACAGGAAUAACAAUUAUCCUUAAAAGUGUAAUAAUGACGAAUAAUUAAUUAAGUGUCAGAUCUUAGAGUAUGAGUAAUUUUGCUACACAAACAAUCAUAUCCUGAAAUAGUGGCAGAAACAGCGUUAAUGUCAACAACAUGGAUAUGUAUGUGGGAUAAUAUAAUAAUCCCGUGACAAGUAAAAAAUGAACACAUCUGAGCACAUCUGCCACACAGUAUUGAGGUUCAGCUUUGACCUUCUUGUGUAGAGUUUGCAUGUUUUUUUUCCCCCUCCAGGUACUCCGGCAACGCUCCACAUUCCAAGAGCAUGGAUGUUAGGUUCCUUGAAGACUAAAUUGUCCAUGUGUGUAAAUGUGAGUGUGAAUGGUUGUUGAGUAGUCCAGAGUGUACACCGCCUCUCGCACAAAGUCAGCUGGUUAGCCAUGCAGCGACUGUAAACUUGAGUGUGUUUUACUUAAGUUAGAAACAAUUAGUUAUACCUUUAGCUAAGGUAUUUAUUUUAUUUUUUUUAAAUAAAUGUAGGCAUAACAAAUAAAAGUACAACUAAAAAGUGCUCAUGUGAGGCAUUUACACAUUCCUCUCCCAUUGUAACAGUAACAAUUCUCCUUCGACCAGACAUCAGCGGGUCUAGCGCCACCCUCCCACAAGCAUUUGUACAAAUAAAAGCCUCUAAAAGAGA